UUGUAUGGUAACUCAACAUCAACAUUACUUCAAAUUUUCUUCAUUCCAAUUCUUCAAAUAGUCUAAUAUACUAUACGUACUAUGUAGUAUGCGCGAGUAACAAAUUUAAGUAAUGUUGAUAUUCCCGUCAAAAAAAAAUGUUGAUGUUAAUGUUACCAUACUUUGUAUAUUGGCCACUUAUCAUUGCUGAUUUUUCUAAUAGCAAUAUAAGUGGCCAUUUCUCAUAUUCCGCAAUGAGGUUGUUUCCUGUUGGCCCUUUAUUAGGCAGCAAAACUACAGUAUGGAGUGGAAAAUCAGAAGAGCUAACCAGAUGACAGAUCACAAGCCAUGGAUAUGGAAGAAGAAACCCUCGGAGAAAACCAUCAUGGCAAUUCAGAAAGCGGAAAUUGCUUCAAAAGAAAAUGAGGAAAAGGUGCAUGUGCUUCUUGCCGAAAAGUCAAAACUCGAAAGAGACCUUAAAGACUUGGGAGAGAAACUCUCUUCUUCCCUUGCAGAGUGUAGUGCCAAAGAUGAUCUUGCGAAUAAACACUCAAAAUCAGCAAAAGAAGCUCUUGCAGGAUGGGAGAAAGAAGCAGCGAAAGCAUUGUCGCUGCAGGAAGAACUGGAUGAAGCUUUGAAGGAGAGAGACAUCAGUGAAGAAAGGACACGACAUUUGGAUGGUGCGCUGAAGGAGUGUAUGCAGCAGUUGCGUUUCGUUCGGGAAGAAAAGGAGCAGAGGAUUCACGACGUUAUGCUGAAGGCAUCUGAGGAACUCGAGCAGACAAGAAAGUUCCUAGAAGAGAAAUUAGAAGAAUCAGGCGAAAUGAUAGCAAAAUUGACUGCAGAAAAUUCUCAACUUUGCGAGGUGAUUAUGCUGAAGGAUCAGCUAAUCGAGGAACUGAAUCAAGAAAAAGCCAAGGCAAAAGCUGACAUAAAUGACCUAUUUGAAAGACUGGAACACCUGCAGAAAGACAACAGUUCGUUGUUAUAUGAAGUCCGAAUACUUGAGAAGGAAGUUGAUAUUCGGAAUGAGGAGAAAGAGUUUAAUCGCCGAACAGACGAUGCAACUCAUAAACAACAUUUGGAAAAUGUUAAGAAAAUUGCUAAGCUAGAAUCCGAGUGUCAGAGACUCCGCCUCCUGGUAAGAAAGAGGUUACCCGGUCCUGCAGCUCUGGCGAAAAUGAAGAGUGAAGUAGACAUGUUGGGAAGAGAUUCGAGGAAAAAGUCCAACUUAAGUAAUGCCAGUAGCAUGCAGUUGGACUAUGGAAUAGACAGUUACCCUGAUUCCCCUGAAAAAAAGACGAAUCAUCUGAGCGAGAAAAUCCGUGCGUUGGAGGAAGAAAACAACUCUGUGAGGGAAACCCUUGAGAAGAAAAUGAAUGAGCUUCAAAUGUCCAGAAACAUGUAUAUUCAGGUAGCUUCUAAGUUGUCAAGAUUAGAAGCACAGGUUGAUGAAUCCCAUAAAAAUGAGUUGAUUAGAGAUGCAAGGAGUAGCAUUAUAUCAUCAAAUGAUUUUUCAGAUAUUGGCAGUGAUAAUGAUAAGGUUAGCUGCAAUGGUUCUUGGGCAUCUAAAUCUGUUGGAGUUCCAGACAUUAACCAUCUCAUGGAUGAUUUCGCGGAGAUGGAGAAGUUGGCUUUAGUUUGUGUUGAAAACCCCAUUAAUGAAAAUGCUUUAGAAAAUGAAAGCAAGGAAAUCAGCAAAUGGAUUUCGAAGUUGAUUGAAAUUAUUCAAGGGAUUAAUUUCCCAUCUGAAGACUCAGAUGCUUCACAAACACAAACAGAUAACGUAAAGAACGAGUGUUGUUACACGGUUCGUGUUUUUCAGUGGAGAACAUCUGAGUUAGCUUCUAUAUUGCAGAACUUCCUUCGAAUUUGUCAUGAUUUGAUGAAUGGGAAAGCUGGGUUUGAAGCAUUUACUCAAGAAAUGACUUGUGUCUUGGAAUGGAUAUUGAACCAUUGUGAUGAAACCAGAAGUGAAAGUGAAACAGAAUACAAAAAUGAAUCUUGUUUUAAUGUGAGUGAAGAAGGAAGGAAAGUGCAAGAUUCUGCAAAAUACGAGCUUGAGUGCGAAUCGUUGAGAAAUGAACUUCAGAAUAUGGAAACUACUGUCGCGAAUUUGCGAUCAGAAAUGGAGGCAUUGAAGCACGAUAAGGAUAUGAUCGAGGAACAGUUUGAAACUCAGAAGAUGACAAAUGAAGAUCUUAAUUCUCAGCUUUUGGCUGCCAAUUCUAGAAUGGAUGAAGCCCACAAAAAGAUUUCAACUAUACAAGAAGAGAUGGUGAAUAAGGUGAACCAUUGUGAAGAGUUGGAGGCGAAAUGCCGUGAUUUGCAGGUCGAACUAGAGAGGGUGCAAACGGUGGAUACCAUGGAUCAUACCAGUCUAGACGAAAAGAAGCAUCGAAAUGAAUGGGAGAUAUCAGCAGCUUCAGAGAAGUUAGCAGAGUGCCAAGAAACCAUUUUACAUUUAGGGAAGCAAUUGCAAGCGAUGGCCUCAACACGGGACGCCGUAGUUUCUGAUAAAUUCAUCUCCACUCCAACUAAGACUGCCCCUGCCUCUGCUGCUACCUCAACCCCGUCAAGGGAAAAUAAGCCAACUUGCCAAAGGUCCUCUCUGAUGGACCAGUUGCAAACAGAGGAUAUUGAUGAAACUGAUCGACGACUUGAAUCCCCGAAAACCAAGGAAGUUAUAAGUACCAACAAUAAUAAUAACUUCGGUUCACAUAAUACAACAGGUAACAACAAUGUUGCGAAGAUGAACGAUGAUAUCGAUUUGGGUUCUUUCGCUAUUAUACCGUAUCAGAAACAACAGGCUACUUCAGGUGGACUUUUUAAGAAGCUUUUGAGGAGGAAAAGGAGGAGUAAUAGUAGUAGUAAGAAGAUGCCACUUUCAUUUGCUGUUUGAGACAUGGUGAAAGUGUUGAAUGAGUCCGUAUAGUAGAGAAUUAUGCAAGUGUUGCUGUACGGAAAUUGUAUGGGAAAUGAACCAUUGGUAAUCACUAAUCGUUGUAGAUAUAACAAAAAAAAAAGUGCUGUUUUCUUUGAGUUUUAUUGUCAAGGGUGAAUUAUAUCAGCAGAUUUUGUGUCUGCUUUUGCGUGACGAAUGAAAUAAAUUUGUUACUUUGCUUAGUCACCAAA